AUGUCUUACCCGGGCAAGAAUGCAUUGGGUUGGGACAAGUUCCGAGUCCGCGACGACCCCUACAAGCCCGUAUACGAAGCCUGGGAGAUUGUCUCAGUGCGACCGACAACCGAGCUGCGCUCCUUCAAGCGGAUCCUGGGCGUGAACCUGAGCUCGGAGUAUAGGGUGCUGGAUGACGGUUACACCGGUGUCCGAGCUGCGCCUUCGUAUUCUCAGGCCGAACUGGAGAACAUGGUAGCUGCCAAUCAGCAAGCGUAUGAGACGGCAACCCCCGAACUCCUGAGUAUCGCCAAGAGAUCUUCAUACGCGCAGGAUCUGGCCAAUCGAGUGUUCGACUUACCAGGGCCUCUCCCAAGCAAAGUUGGACAACUGCUAGACCAUCGAUUGGUGGCAACUAACAAGUGCCCAUACGCCGGGCGGGAGUGGAAGAUCGCAGCUCUUCCUGCAAUGGAAGAUUGGAUGACCGACGAAGCUCCAAGAGCCAAGGGAUGGAGUCUCUUCAAGCGCUCCGGCGUCAGUCAGGAAUAUCCUGUUCAUAAGUGGCUGAUUGUGCUGCGCGGCCAAGAGACCAAGACCAGUCAAGGUUUCGAAGCGUUCGAUAUGCAUUCAAAUCCUUGGUUGAAGAUGGACGUGAUGGAUAACGACGCGCAGUAUUGA